CCAUGGCGGACGGCAGCAAUACGGUGCUGGCCCGCGCGCUCCUGCAGCAGUGUCUGCACGCUCAUCUACAAGUGCGCCCGGCCGACGGGGACGCCGCGGCGCAGUGGGUGGAGAUCCAGAGAGGCCUAGUGAUCUAUGUGUGCUUCUUCAAGGGGGCGGACAAAGAGCUUCUUCCCAAGAUGGUUAAUACGCUGUUAAAUGUGAAAUUAAGUGAGACGGAAAACGGCAAGCAUGUCUCUAUCCUGGAUCUGCCGGGCGACGUUCUCAUCAUCCCUCAAGCCACCCUCGGGGGCAGGGUGAAAGGAAAAAACAUGCAGUAUCACGCUAACUCCGGGAAGGAGGAAGGCCUGGAACUGUACUCCCAGUUCGUGAGUCUGUGUGAGAAAGCCUUGGCCUCCAACAGCAAGUGUGCGGAAGCGGGGGUGGUAGUGGCACAUGGCACCUACGGGAACAGGCAAGUGUUAAAGCUGGACACCAAUGGACCAUACACGCACCUAAUUGAGUUUUGAAAGACUCUCUCCACGACUGCCUCCUGGUAUAAAAGGACUGGACUGGACUUAGGUUUGGUCCCCUUCGUCUUGAAGGCACAGAUCUGCAACACGUUUUGGCAAGAAAAUCCUGGAUCCAAGCUGGACAUAGUGACACAUUCCUUUAAUCCCAUCCCAACGCUCAGAGACAGCAGAUUUCUGUCACUUGGAGGCCAUCCUGGUCUACCUAGCCAGUCAAGGACAGCCUGUCUCAAAACAAUAAAUUGGGAAAAUAAAUGAGUCGUUUGUAAAAAGCAGCACUGGUUUUUGCAGACCCCUCUGCCUUGACUUUAAAAUAUGUUUUUAACAUUGGAAACUGUGGCAUAGCGAUGGCUCGGUAGUGAAGAGGUUUUGCUGCUGUCUUAGAGGUCCUGGACUCAAGUGCCCAGCGCGAUGGGUCCUAAGAGUCUGCACCUGCUGCUCUGGGGGAUUGGAGUGCUCCCAAGUUCACAAGCAUACACAUAAAUAAAAAGUAAAGACAAA